CAACGAACACAUGUUCACUACGUUUUGGCGCGUAAACAAGUAAAUAAAUAGUAUUAUUAAAAAUAAUGCCGGAAAGCCUGAUCGCUGGCAUUCCGGUGCACUUCCCGUUUGAGCCUUAUCCGGUUCAGCGGGCGUACAUGGAGAAGGUGAUCCAGUGUCUUCGCGAUGGCACGAAUGGAGUCCUGGAAUCGCCAACCGGUACGGGCAAGACGCUAAGUUUGCUGUGCUCAUCGUUGGCCUGGAUCCGCACAAGGCAAUCGGAGCACCAACAGCAGAUGGUCAAAAUGGAGAAGGCCGAUUUUACUGGUCUUGGAGGAGGAGCAGCUGGGGGAGACCUGUCCGAGCUGGCCAAGACCAUGGGUCGUGCGAAUAACUGGGGCGUGCCCAAGGUCAUUUACGCGUCGCGUACCCACUCCCAGUUGACCCAGGCGAUGCGGGAACUCAAGAGGACGGCGUACGCCAACAUGCGAUCCGUGGUACUGGGCUCCCGCGAUCAGUUAUGCAUUCAUCCGGAGGUCAUGAGGGAGCAGGGGAACUCCAACAAGACCAACAUGUGCAAGCUACGGGUGCACUCCAAGACCUGUUCAUUUCAAAUGCGCGUGGAGUCGCGAAAGGAUCAUCCAGAUCUGCGCGGACCCUCCAUCAUGGACAUUGAGGACCUGGUCAAGGUGGGCCAGCGCCUAAAGAUAUGUCCCUACUUUGCAUCUCGGGAGUUGGUUCCUCAAGCGGAUAUCACCUUCAUGCCCUAUAACUAUCUACUCGAUCCCAAGGCUCGCAAGGCCAACAAAAUUGAACUGGGCAACACCAUUGUAAUUCUGGACGAGGCACACAACAUCGAGAAGAUCUGCGAGGAGUCCGCUUCGGUGCAGAUUAAGUCCUCUGAUGUGGCUAUGGCCAUCGAGGACGUCACGCAUAUCAUGCAAGUCUUUGCGAGCGGCGAGUCGCAAGACAUGGGCGGGGAUGAGCCAAAAGACUUCACCUUGGAUGACCUUACGUUGCUUAAGGAGAUGCUGCUCGAGUUUGAGAAGGCCAUCGAUGCCGUCGUUGUGGAAAACGCCGUCGAAGGAACAACCUUUCCCGCCUCCAUGAUGUACGAACUGCUUGGCAAGGCGAAUUUCACCUACGGCAACGUUGCCACAAUAGUAUCCCUGCUGGACAAACUGGUGCAGUACCUCCUUGUGGCCUCCCAGCAGAUGACCAUCCGCAAGGGCGGCACCUUUACGAUGCUCAGCGAUCUGCUGACAAUUGUGUUUGCCAACAAGGAGGAUGUGAUGAGCAAGGUGUACGCAAGCUUUAAGGUGCAUGUGCAGUUGGAGGAGGUUAAGCAGGGACACGGAAAGCAGCAGGGUGGUAAACAGCACGGUGGUUGGCUGGGCAAGGGAACGAUUGCAGCAGCGACUGGCUCAAUUAAGGUCGCCAAAAUCAUCAACUUCUGGUGCUUUAAUCCUGGCUUCGGAAUGGAACAACUGCUAAACACCCAAGUGCGCAGCGUAAUCCUGACGAGCGGCACGCUGGCUCCUCUCAAGCCGCUGAUCGCCGAACUUGCUAUUCCGGUGGCACAGCAUCUGGAGAAUCCCCACAUCGUCGACCAGUCGCAGGUUUAUGUCAAGAUCAUCGGCACUGGACCCGAUCGACAGCAGCUGAUAUCGAACUACGCGAACCGUGAUAAUCCCAAGUACAUCAGCUCCCUGGGACAGACAAUUCUGAAUGUAUCGCGGAUAGUACCCGACGGCCUCCUUGUCUUUUUCCCAUCGUAUCCCAUGUUGAACAAGUGCGUGGAUGCGUGGCAGGCCAGUGGAUUGUGGGCAGACAUAUCGGUCAAGAAACCGAUAUUUCUGGAGCCGCGGAGCAAGGAUCAGUUCACCAGCACGAUGGAGGAGUUCUACCAGGCGAUACGCGACUCCAAGGGUGCCGUAUUCAUGGCUGUUUGUCGCGGCAAAGUCUCCGAAGGUCUGGACUUUGCUGAUCGCAAUGGCCGGGCGGUGAUUAUUACGGGUCUGCCAUUCCCGCCGCUAAAAGAUCCCAAGGUGAUACUGAAACGUCGCUAUCUGGAGGCGAAUAGGACGCGCGAGAAUCAGCUGUUAAGUGGUCAGGAAUGGUACAAUCUAGAUGCCACGAGGGCAGUCAAUCAAGCCAUCGGUCGUGUAAUCCGGCAUCGCAACGAUUAUGGUGCCAUUCUGCUCUGUGAUUCGCGGUUCAAGGACGCCUCCCAGGUCCAGCAGCUGUCCAAAUGGAUUCGGGGUCACCUGGGCGACCGGCCACAGUGCUCACCCUUUGGUCCCAUCGUCCGGGAACUGCGUCAGUUCUUCAAGAAUGCCGAGGCCAAUAUGAAGCUACCGGACGAGAGGGAAACGGAUUCGCCUUUGGAGACCGUCUGCAAGACAGAGAAUGAACCCAUAGCCGCCAUUCCAAAAGUGAAACGGGAGCCUGGUUCCAAUGCCACCUUCAAAUCGGCCAAUGAAUCCGCCAUCAAAGUGGAGAUGGCCAAUUCCAUAAAGACAUGGACACCCGCCGAUUAUGCCAGCGCCGCUGGACGAAAACUGGGUGGUGCGGCGCCCAAUGCCAUGGACUUUAUGAGUCGACUCGACUCAAAUGUCUCGAGUAUCGAUUUUAACUGCUGCAUGGAUAGUAAAAGUGGCUCCUCUGGCAUGGUGAAGAUUCACAAGCGGGAGCGAAGCUCGCCGACGCAGCCGGAAUCCUCCAGUCAGGUGUCAAAGAAGCGAUAUAAGCUGGUGGAGAACAUCAAGGUGGAGCCAAGCAGUUCGCAAGUUAAGGAGGCACCUGCGGAAAGGGCCGAUUUUCUCCGAGAGCUACGCAGUCUGGUCACCCAGGAUCAAUUCCGCCGCUUUGGCAAGGCUCUGCUGGAGUAUAAAGAUGGCACCUAUGAGAGCUUUCAGGCCCUGAUGGUCAUACUCCUGGAUGUCCUAUCCGCGCCCAAAGUGCGCUACAUGCUCGUCGGGAUGCGGAAGUACCUAAAGAAUGAGCACAAGGACGAGUUCGAUCAGAAGGUGGGCAAACUUUAACAAAAGUUUUAGGCAUUUAUAUAAAAGAGUUUUUAAGCUAAGUCAUCCCAAGGAUAUCUUUUUUUCAAAUAUUUUGACCCUGGCUGUAAAUUUUUGUUACUAUUUAGUGGGGCGUGUAUAAUUCUACUAAGACUAGUUAUAAUACCCGAUGCUAUGCAUUAGUGUACAUUAAUAAUAUUCGUAUUUCUGUAUAUUAGUAUUAAAAAUUAUACAUUAA